AUGGCACCCUCUACCCUGAAUAAGAAUGACAGAGAGCAGGUUAAACGGGUUGUACCCUCUGCAACGAAUGAAAUUCUAGGCGAUGGAGUAGCUCGCCUCUAUGUUAACUACCCGGAUAGGAAUCGGUGGAACUACACUGGUAUCUCGGGUUGUCUUGUGCUUGCCAACGAUAAGGUUGGCAGAACACAUUUCUUUAAAAUCGUUGAUAUCUCGCCUGCGAACCGAGGUGUUUUGUGGGACCAAGAAUUAUACGAUGGCCUCCAAUACAACCAAGACCGAACUUUUUUCCACUCGUUCGAAAUCGAGGAAUGCUCUGCUGGUUUCUCUUUCACCGACGAAAAAGAAGCCGAGGCGUUUAGGAAGCGGGUCUUGAAAAUUGCCCCCCCUCUGCCUCCGGGCGCUCGUUCGCACCACUCUCAAGCCUCUUCCCAAAGGCCCAAGGGCAGGGACGGGAACCAUCCCCAUACUGCUGUGCAGCAAAACCCAGCUAUCCAGUGGGGGAAACCACCCGAGUCACCGUCUACCGUCGUAGAUGAUAUAGAUCCUUCUUGGAAGCCCCUCCUGGCGGAACUAUAUGAAUUAGGUAUAACCGAUGAGAUGAUUCGGAAUAAUUCUGAUUUCAUCAGAGAGUACGUGGAACAAAACAAGGCUUCGCUUUCUAAGCAAGACCUUCCCGAUACUUCGAGUAGUUUUGAGGCAGAUAGGGUACAAUCAACAGCCCCGCCUCCGCCUCCACCCCCGCCUCCGCCGGCAGCUCCACCCCCCGUAGCCAUCGUUCCAUUGAGGCCUCCACCUCCACCUGCAGAACCUCCUUCUAUAAAUCUUCCAUCUCGUCGGAAUCCACCACCCCCACCUCCGACCCCUCGUCGACCUGGUCCUAACUCUACGGAAGCUCAAGCGGAACCUUCCUCCCCAUCUUACCCAUCCAAGGCACCAUCUCCCCCAUCACCACAACCACCCCAGUUCCACUUCAAAGUUCCACCCCCUCUACAAAACGCUGGAGUUUACGCAGAACGGGACCCUCCAAAACCACCCCAAGCUCCUGUAGCAGCACCCCCCCCUCUACCGCCUAAAAUACCGCACGGGGAUCAACAUGACCGGGGUCAGAUUUUUGCAGUCCCACCACCCUUUCCGAAGGCAGGAACAGCGACGACAACACGAUCGGUCCCAGCCCCCCCACCACCCCGAGGCCAGGCCCCACCACCGCCUCCUCCUCGGGGAUCGGUGGGCCCCCCUCCUGUUCCGUACCGUGCCCCUCCAGUUGCCUCAUCCCCGUUAGCGCCACCUCCUCGGCCUCCCCCACCAAACAAUUCCGCGCCGCCACCAAUGGCACCUCCGCCUCCACCUAGGGCGCCGCCUAGUAACGUACCAUCGCUUCCACCUCACGUGCCAGGGUUCAAUCAAAAUGCGCCACCGCCGCCGCCGCCGCCGCCGCCGCCAGGUUUUGGAACAGCAGCACCACCUCCGCCGCCUCCACUACCCCCUCCAGGUUUUGGAGGAGCACCACCUCCGCCGCCGCCGCCGCCGGGAGCCCCCCCCAGUGGUCCUCCGUCGCAGGGUCUAGCGACUGCUUCAGGGCAGCCUGGCGAUCUACUUGCGUCGAUUCGUGGUGCAGGGGGCAUCGGGGGAUUGAAAAAGGCAUCUACCAGCGACAAGUCACGGCCAUUGCCUCACGCAGGUGGGAACUUGGAAAAGGCUAGCAGCGCUGGCGGCGCUGGUGGAGAUGGGGGGCCUGCAGGACUUGGAAAUGCGCUACAGAGAGCUUUGGAUAAUAGGAAGAAGAAGAUUAGUAGAGAUAGUGAUGACGAAGAUGACGACAAUGGGUGGGAUUGA